AUGGUGAGUGCAAAGGUUAGAACUGAAAAACUUUGGACUUUGAGGCACCAAUCAUCGAUCGCAAAACAAUUGAUUUGAAGCCGUUGAAAGAUGCCAACGUUCCUGUUUUCUUCAUUGUCGGUGAGAAAAGUCUAGCAAAUUUCUGAGUGUUGAUUCUUUUUAAGGUGGUCCCGGCUCCGGAAAAGGAACUCAAUGUGAUAAAAUUGUAGCUAAGUACGGCCUCACGCACAUUUCCUCCGGCGAUCUUCUCCGUGAUGAGGUUCAAAAAUCUCAGUCUCUCUCAAAAACGGCCCAUUUCAGGUCGCUUCCGGUUCGCCUCGUGGAGGUCAGCUCACCGCCAUUAUGGAAGCUGGUCAGCUUGUUCCACUGGUGGGAUGAAUUGCUUUUCAAAAAAAAUUGAUUGAGCUUUCCAGGAAGUUGUUCUGGACUUGAUCAAGGAGGCUAUGCUCAAAGGCUUGCAGAAGGGAAGCAAAGGGUUUCUGAUCGAUGGAUAUCCCAGAGAAGUUGCACAGGGCGAGAUUUUUGAGAAAGAGGUAAGGAAAUAAAUAGGUCAUUUAUGCUUCAAAAUUGAGUUUUCUAUCUAGAAUCUGUACUCAUUCCAGAGCUCAAAAAUAAAGAAUACAAAAAAAUGAUGGCUGACCAUCACUUUUUUUCAAAGAAAAAGCCUGGAAAAUGAUGAUAAAUUCUCGAGGGAGUCCAUAUUUUAUUCUGCAGUAAUACUGAUAGGCGGUUAAUCUAUGAAAAUUACUAUUUGCUCACCAUACACUUUUCUUAUACUCCAAAAGUGGUUUGAAUUAUUUCUCCAGAUCCAAGAAGCCAAGCUCGUCAUCUUUUUUGACGUCGUUGAAGACACUCUUGUGAAGAGGUUGCUUCACCGUGCGGAGACCAGGUUUCCAAUCUAUGUAUUUAAAGUGCUGAGACAUCUUUUUAGCGGUCGGGCAGACGAUAAUCUUGAGACGAUCACAAAACGAAUUCAUACUUUUGUGACCGCCACUCAGCCAGUAGUGGAUUACUACGAGAAAAAAGGAAAACUCUAUAAGGUAAGAAAUAUUUGAAAGUUGUUGUCACUUCUAAGAAUUUUUUUUCUUGUUUUACACUUAUUCAUUCAUUCACAGAUCAAUGCUGAAGGAGCUGUAGACGACAUCUUCAAAAUCGUCACCGUCGCCUUGGACAAAGCUUUCGCCUAA